AUGCCUAAAGCAUCAUCAUCAGGAACUGGAAAGUUUCGUCGUGAGCGAGGUGAUUGGCCUUGUAAACAAUGUAACGAAAUUAACUUUAAAUCACGGACUGCUUGCCGUCGUUGUUCGACUCCACGUAAUCAACCCAAAUCAAGCAAUCCUACCGCUACUGCUGCAACUAGUACUACUCCUCAAACUCUUUCCUGGCCAGGCGAUUGGAUAUGUGAUUUUUGUGCGACUAAUAAUUUUGCUGCACGUACAGCAUGUUUUCAAUGUAAUCGACAGAAACAAGAUUCCACGAGUUUACCUACUUCAUCAUCGACAACAAUUAAGCCAGGUGAUUGGACAUGUCAAUUUUGUAACAUUAAUAAUUUUGCUUCUCGCACAGCAUGUUUUAAAUGUAGUCGACCAAAACAAGAUUCCAUGAGUUCAAUUACUCCAUCGUCGACAACAACCAAACCAGGUGAUUGGACAUGUCAGUUUUGUAACAUUAAUAAUUUUGCUACUCGUACAGCAUGUUUUAAAUGUAGCCGACCAAAACAAGAUUCCAUGGAUAUUGAUAUUACUACUGUAUUAACAACAAAACCAGGUGAUUGGAAGUGUCCAUCUUGUUCUGAUAUGAAUUUUGAUUCAUGUAUUGUUUAUUCGUGGAGAUUUUUUAAAACUUUAUGGAAUUGUUUUGAUUUAUUUAUUAUUAUUAUUAGUAUUAUUGAUUUGAUUACUCAACAAUUAACACAUGAUAGUACUCAUUCAUCGUUACAAAUCGAUCAUAAUAAACAAAUACAAACACAAUUUGAACGAAUAAAUCAUUUUUUAAAAAUCCUCCGUGUCCUACGUGUACUUCGAAGUUUUCGAGCACUUCGUGUUCUUCGUACAAUACGUUUUAUACAAUCAGUUCAUACAAUUGUUAAAACAUGUUCAAAAGCAUUACCUGCUAUGGCUAGUAUAACAUUUAUUAUGAUUAUAAUCACAUGUAUAUCAGCUAUAAUUGCACGUAGUUUAUUUGCUGAUAUAUGUCCAGAAAAAUUUGAUAAUCUCGUAAACACAUUUUUCUCACUUUUUACUUUAUUAACACUUGAUGAUUGGUAUUCAAUAUAUCAAGUAUGUUCUGAACGUGAUUAUUCGAAUUUUGAAUUAAUUUUUUGUUUAAUUUAUAUAUUUAUUAUUAAUUUUAUUUUACUUAAUCUUCUUAUGGCUGUACUUGUGGAUAGUUUUCAAGAUACACUUGAUUAUGAUACAAAGGAAAAUAAUCAAUUAAAAAAUGAAAAUAAUAUUGAAGAAAAAAUUGAGAAUAAUCUAACAAAAUUAAUAGAAGAAUAUUGUGUCGAUAGAAAAUUUAAUGAAGAGAAGAAUGAUAUUUCUACGGAAAAAAGAUUGAAACUGAUGAAGGAAUAUUUUAUGUUAUUGGAAAGUUUAGAAUUUCGAAUGGAAAAACAUGAACAGUUAAUCAAAUUAAAACAAAAAUCAAUUAAAUUCACAUUAAUUGAUCAAGAAAAUCGAAAAGUCGCCGCAAAGAAAUGA